GGAAGGGGAUGGUGAGAGACACACACGAAGACGAAAUAGCAGCAAAAGCAAAGCAACAAUGUAUGACUAUGUUUUUUCUUCGACAUGAUACGCGUCGCUGAGUUGAAACAACAAUUAGGGAUUUUCUCUAACUUCACACCAACACACAGUAAGGAGCGUGUGCUAUGAAUCACAUUACACAAUCAAUCAAUGAGGACUAGCUGCAGUUGAACUGACUCAGGAGUGGGGAUUCUGCAUGUUGCUUGUGACUGGAGUAAUGUUAUCCAAUUAUAUGACAUGUGCCAGAGCUAUAUCUAUUGAUCAAAUCAGUUCAAGAGCUUCUAAAGUUGGUCUUUCUGCAUUCUUUUACAAAACUACAUUUGGCCAGAAGCAAUGCGCUCCGUGCUUCUCUGUCAUUUUUGCUCAACCUUGUUUAAUGAUCAAUUUGAGGAAGAUGACUUGGUCAGUUAGAAGCAGCAUAAAUGACAGCAGUUUUAGUCCUUCCACUUCAAGUGGCACCAAUGGAAGGACCCGCAUAAUCAAAGUUAUUCAAGAGUUUCGGACCAAGUUAGGUUCUAAAGUUCAGGAGGUAAAGAAAAAUCUUCCGAUGAAGCUUCUUUUCUUCUUGGCUGGAUUUUAUUGUGCAACUGCCUUUUCCACUGUUAUUGGACAAACUGGUGAUUGGGAUAUUCUAUCUGCUGCCUUAGCUGUGUUUGUUGUGGAAGGCAUUGGGGCUCUCAUGUACAGUGUUUCUAUUCCUUUAGUUAUCAAGAUUAGGAGCCUGACUGCCAUAUUUAACUAUUGGAAGGCUGGCCUUACAAUGGGUCUUUUCUUGGAUUCAUUUAAAUAUUAAUUUAACUUCAUUACUGGAUGCAGCAAUCCCUUCCCUGCAAACAGAAAUUCUCAGUGUAAUGCUUGGCCUUAUUUAUGCAAGUGACUCAUAUUCGUUGCAAUUAUCCCCGGCUAUUCACAACUAUGUUUGGUGCAUGUGGAAGUUGCAUGUCAGAGGUAAAUUAGGGAUAAAUAAACUGCUGAGGUUAAAUUCCCUGAAAGCCAGUGUUCAUAUUCAGAAGCUAGGACAUUCAAGCUGUAAGGCCAAUCGUCUGAAUUUAUGAUCAGCUUAGCCAUGGCUUUGACUUGGGAACAUAAGAGGACAUUGAAACUUUCCACAACUUAAAUUUUUCAACAAACUCCAUUGAGUUCUGUUCAGUUAGAGAAAUCAGCUCCUCUGCAACACUUCAGUCCUUCAGUCCCUUGUUCCCAGCUUCCAUUCUUUUAGGCAUUGGAUCCUUGCUAGUGGGACCACUGGUAUUCAUUCUGCAGGGCAUUCUAAUUGGAGAAUAAAGAGACUCACUUUUAUAUUGUCUUGUGAGCAUGGUCUAUGGUAUACAUUGAUUUGAAACUGUGUACCUUUUGCAAUAAAUGUCACUGCUCUACAGCAUGAAAGAUGAAAUUCUUCCUUACAGAGGAAACUCAAACUGCUGCUGGACUGGUGAUCUCAAAAUUACUUAAGUGAUUGUGGGUCAUCUUUAUCACAGGAGCUACAAGUUUUUUGGACAAUACCAGGUGCAUGUCUUUCAGGCUCCAUUGAGAACGGCAGAUGAUGCCAUAUGCUGAAUUGCUGAUUCAUUUAUUUGUUUGUCUAUAUCAGUAUACGACAGGAGGAACUUCUGAAAAGCUAGCCAUCAUGUCUACUGUAAUUUUAAUUUUUUUUGAAACAAGAGAAUUUGCAUUUUGGAUGUACAUUUACCCUUGAAAAUUAUAGUCUGGUAUUGAUUGA